CGCUGAACAAACAUGCAGCGACUCAGGGGCGUUUUGCUGUGUCUGCUGCUGGCUGCGGCUGUCCCCACCGCCCCGGCUCCAGCCCCGACGGCGACGGAAACUCCAGUGGAGCCGGGACCGGCUCUCAGCUACCCUCAGGAGGAAGCUACGCUCAAUGAGAUGUUCCGAGAGGUGGAGGAGCUGAUGGAAGACACGCAGCACAAACUGCGCAGCGCAGUGGAGGAGAUGGAGGCAGAAGAAGCAGCUGCGAGAACGCCCUCUGAGCUGAACCUGUCAAGUUUACCUGCCAACUAUCACAACGAGACCAACACAGACACCAGGGUUGGCAACAACACCGUCCAUACACACCGAGAAAUUCACAAGAUAACCGACAACCAGACUGGACAGAUGGGCUUUUCUGAGAUAAUCAUUACAUCGGUGGGGGAUGAAGAAGGCAAGAGAAGCCAUGAAUGCAUCAUCGAUGAGGACUGUGGGCCCACCAGGUACUGCCAGUUCUCCAGCUUCAAGUACACCUGCCAGCCGUGCCGGGACCAGCAGAUGCUGUGCACCCGGGACAGUGAGUGCUGUGAAAACCAGCUGUGUGUCUGGGGUCACUGCACCAAAAAGGCCACCAAGGGUAGCAACGGGACCAUCUGUGACAACCAGAGGGAUUGCCAACCUGGCCUGUGCUGUGCCUUCCAAAGAGGCCUGCUGUUCCCCGUGUGCACUUUCCUGCCUGUGGAGGGGGAGCUCUGCCAUGACCCUGCCAGCCAGCUGCUGGACCUCAUCACCUGGGAACUGGAGCCCGAAGGCGCUUUGGACCGAUGCCCCUGUGCCAGCGGACUUCUCUGCCAGCCUCAGAGCCACAGUCUGGUGUACGUGUGCAAGGCAGCCUUCAUCGGUAGCCACGACCAAAAUGAGGAGAGUCUGCUGCCCAGGGAGACCCCUGAUGAGUAUGAAGACGGAGGCUUCCUAGGGGAGGUGCGCCAGGAGCUGGAGGACCUAGAGCAGAGGCUGGCCCAGGAGAUGGCGUUUGGGGAGCCGGCCCCUGCGGAGUCACUGGGUGGGGAGGAGAUUUAGACUCAUACCCAGCUGAGCUGCUGGUAGAUGUGCAAUAGACAUGGCUAAUUUAUUUCCUCGGGAGUGUCCCCUAGGUGCGGGGCUGGCCAGGCAUUUCUCCACAGCUCCUUCCCGGUACCUUUUUCCCUAUCUUGACGACAUGCAGUGCAAGUACGUUUGUUCUGGGGCUGGGAGAGACUGACGGGGUGGGGGAGGGCAGCGGCGAGCCACCCCACACCAUGGCCAGGCGUUCUGUUUUGUUCUUCAUGGACUGCAGAUUUGAUUGAAAGGAGAAGACGGAAAGGGGUAAAGUCUGCCCAUGGUCGGCUCUGGGGAGACAUGGAGGAGGGUGCCUGCCCUGCAAACAAGGACCUGGCAAAAUGUAGCCAUUGUGUUUGUUCUGUGGCCCUUCCGUGGGCCGAGGCCGUGGCUGCGUGGGAGCUAUGCUGCUCUUGUGGCCUCCCACACCUUCAUCCCUCAGCCCUCUCUUUCUGUUCUUCCUACCUCACCGUCAGCACGCCCUUCAUAUCUGCUCAGCCCACUCAGCGCAGUCUGGGAGCGAACCAGAGUGGGUUUCUCGCCAAGCCCCUUGUUCUCUCACUCCCCCCUCCCCAACACCAGCCUUGGUGCCCACAACAGUACUUCCAAAAGAAGAGGAGUGAAAUCUUUUUCUUCUUAUAUUUUUGCGCAUUUAAGGCAUGCCUGGAGCUAAGGUCAGGCCAGUUUGCACAUCCCUCUAAGGUUAGAAGUAGCAACGUGGAGGUCAGUGGUGUGGGCACUGCCCUCUGCCAUUUGCUUCAAUAACUCCAAAAGGCAGGAAUUGGAGGGCUGUUUGUAUAAAUUAAUUUACAGGAAAGACACUUGGGUAAUUGUAGGGCCAGGGUUAUAAAUGAAAUUUGCAGUCGUUUAGCCACAAGGGAAGGCCUUUCUCAAUGGCACAGAGAAAUCAGAAGCAAGCCAGGCUGUGAUGUCCAGACAGAAGCUGGGCUGGGCAUUGGGUCUCAGAUGACUGUGUCAGGUGCCAGGAACUGUUUCCAUCCUGUCCUCAUCCAGAGUUAUUCAGCUUUAGAGCUGUGCCCAGCUGUCGAAGCAUGCUUUCUUCUGAGUUUUAAAUUAUGUAUAAGCACAUGCGUUGCGCUCAAAGAUCAUGCAUACAUUACUUUGGCUACUGUUUGAUAAUUCUUGGGCUUCUUUCCCCCCCCUUGGCUUUCAAUAAAUAUAACCCCCCCCCUUCAUCCAGAAUAAUAAAAUAAAACAAUCUGUAGUAUAAAGAGACGAAAAGUCUUUCCAAAGAGGCAGAUUUUCCAGGCAUCUGUGGUUCACUUCUAGACUCUGUUGGAACGUUUAUCCUUGUCUGGAUGGGAAUGAGUUUUAGGAGAGCAAACGCCUUUCCAUCUCCGGAAGGAACAAAUGGGACAUGUGAGUCGUCUCUUGGAGGCGCCCUGUCAUCAAAGGUGGUUCUGGGCUUGUACAGCACAGGCAGUCUAAUGAAAUACCUGAGGCAAUUAAUUUGUGUAUUUAUAAAAGCUUAUUUUUGUUCCCUGUCUUUGGUGUCAGUCGCGAUCCUGUUGCCUGGAAACUGUGGUGGGGCAGCACAGCAUGGC